AUGGGGGAGCGGGGGGGAGCGGGCUGCGGAGCUCACGCCGCGGCCGUGGCUACUUCGGGUGCGAAAGGAGCGGCGGGGGGAGCACGGCAGGUUAAAACAACAAUCAGUAAUAUGGAGGAGGACUUAGAAGUGUUUCAGGAGCAAGCUGUCACCAAAGCUUCUCCGUAUGAAGCUGAAAUUCAGGAAUUAGUGCAUCAAAUUGAUAUCAUGGUAAAUAGCAAGAAAGUGGAAUGGGAAAGGAAGAUGAAAGCUUUAGAAGCAAAGAUGGAUAUCUGCGAUCAAGAAUUAGCAAGUGCCCAAAGCAAACUGCAUCAAAAAGGUCAAGAGGUGGGACUACUUCAACAGAAACUGGAAGACUUACAGAAAACUAAAUAUGAAAUGGCUCAGAAGUAUGAAACUCAGCUUCAAGCACUGAAAUCUCAAUUUUCAGAGUUGACACAUAGUUAUGAAAAGCUACAGUCAUAUCAGUUAAAAGAAAAAACAGUUGAAAUUAGAGAAAAAUAUGAAGAAAGUCUAGAGACACCAUCUGAACUGAGCAAUUUCUGUAAGAAAUUUGAGGAAUUUAAGGCAAAAUCAAGAGAAUGGGAUAAGAAGGGGACAAUCUGCCAAAAUCAUCUCAUUUAUUUAGAUGGUCAACAAAAAUUACUGUCCGAGAAAUGUCAUUUAUUUCAGAAGCAGACCCAGAAUUACCAAUUCCAAAUAAGCAAUAAGAAACAAAACCAAGAAGAGGUGAUUACUUAUGGCCAUCCCAACAGUGAAAAGGAUGAGCUGAUUAUUGAAAACCUAAAGGCAACUGUGAAUGAAAUGGCAGUAAACAAGAAUAAACUGGAAGAGGAAAAUCUGAAACUCCGAGAGGUUCUAAAAAUGUACCAAAACCAGUUCCAGAACAUGGAGGCAGGCUUUUCAGAAAUGAGAAGUGAGCUGCAGUCAUGGGAUGCUCUCUGGAGAAGGAUACAACUGGAAUGCCAACAGUUGCCUACAGAAUUAUUGAAAAUCAGAGAGAAUAAAGAUAUGCAGGAAAUUCAAAUAAAGCAUCAGUCAUCUUGUGUACAAUUUACUGAGCAACCAGAAAAUAAAAACACUGAGUUAUUACUAUUGGCACAAAGCCAAGGACACCAACAAGAAGAGCUAAACAAGAUAAGAAACCAUGUUUAUCAAGAGGAGCAGUCCCGUUGCUCUGAGCAGGAAAGAAUGAAGACAGAAAUCUCUGACCUGACAGAAGAGCUUCAUCAAAAGGAGAUCACUAUAGCAACUAUCAUGGAGAAAGCUAGUCUUCUGGAAAGACAGUUAAAAAUGGAGUUAGAGAUAAAAGACAAAUUGCUAACAAAACAACAGUUAUUGGACUUCCGAUACAAAGUUAUCAAAUCUGAAAACACACGUUUGAAAGCGAUGGUAGAAAACCAGGAGUGUAAAAGUUGCAUGAGUACAGAUUUAUCUAACAAAGAACAUGGAAAUUUCACAGCUUCCAUUCACAAACUGGAACAUGAGAAUGUAAGAUUACAAAAUAGUAUUGUUAAACUACAAAAUGACACAGAAACAUCAAUACUGGGUCACAUGGAUACAAUUGGAGAAACAGAGCACAGCUACCAAACCAAUUCAAAGAUGCAAGAAAAGGAAGAAAGAACUUUCCAAAAGAAAGAUGCAUGGGAAAUGGAACAUCAACAGACUGCUAUGUUCAUAGUCAGUGGAUACCACAGAAACCAUAGUCCCGCUUUGUAUGGCCAAGGCAAUAUCACUUGUUCAAAAAGUGAUAGCGCUUCAUCUUCUUAUGCACUUCACAGAGGUUGUGAAAAUAAAAUAGUUUAUAAAUCUCUAUUGCCACCACUGGGGCAUCCUUCAGGCUUUGGUGAGCCAUUUCCUGAAGAGGACAGAACAGGCAGCUUACUAAGCCCUGUUUACAAUGCAGAAGAAAUCAAAUUAUCAUCUCUCCCUGAGAUGUCCUUCCUUGCAACAACAGAAAAGUUCCUUCAAGAGGAAGAGAAACAUACAAGACAGUUUGAAGAACGUUUAAAUUUGCACCUUGAAGAACUGCAAAGACAUUCUGAAAAUACUCUAAAAAAAUAUACCAGGAUACAGCAAAGCAGGCAUACUUAA